UUCAGCCAGCAACCAAUGUACUCACGACUGAUGAACGUUAUCGGACAAAAAGCUAUGCCCAGGUCAACGAUGACUUUCGACAAUUCGGCAGGUCUACUAAACGUUCAUUCGUCCGAUUUUGAGUUAAUUUUGACGAAAAACAAAACGUUUUGGAAUAGACAUUUUAUUCUGGUCUGGGUGUCAGCGUUUGCCUUGUUCGUGAUCGUCGGCGGGUUGACGUUCUUCAUCUUCGACGAAAUUUACAACGGAGGUAAAUGCACCAACUCCGCGAAAAACGAUUCCGACGUGUUGUAUCAGCCGUACGAAUUGCUGCCGGACACGUUAACCGGCAACACUACGGCAACGGGAAUUUUAAAAAAACGAAUACGACGUUUCCAGUCAGGAUUCGACGAGGUUUACGAGCAAAAGAUAUCGGUGACCCGCGAACUGAGCGAGGGCAUAAAAGCAAUGAGCUUCGAAGUGAAACGGCUGUACAACGGUCUGGCGCAACUGGGAACCCGCGUGAACCGGGAGAAGCGGUCGCUGGGCGAAGGUCAGGCGGCCAUAGCCGAUUGCGUGCAGAUGAAGGAAAAGUUCAAAAACAUCUACGAGGAGCUGAACCAAAUACGUAAGACGUUGACGAUGAUGGACGCGCACGGCAUAUGCCGUUGCAAGUGUCCAAUCACAGACGCCAACCGAGCGGCGGAACCGUCGUACGAGACCACCGCCGACGCAAUACUAGACUUCACCACGUUCGAUCCGGAAACCACGGAAACCCGGGAAAGCACGACCGACUUGCCGAAAAAGCAAAACAAACUAAUUUACGUUGCCGCCCCCUACCAACCUCGGGAUAAGACAAACCGAGAUCGCGAGCCGGCCGGAGACGGGAUUGACCGCGAAACGACCGUCGCCGAAUCGACCACUAAGCAAGACACUACGACUUUGCCUACUACCAAUCCUGCCUCGUCGAUUCCAACGACGUCUGUUGCAAAAAAGACAGACGACGACGACGACGACGACGAAGAUACGUCGUACGGCACGACCACGGGAAUCUACGAGGACAUGUCUGCGGCAAUGUCGAACAAGGUGACGAUAAUUGACAACGCCGAUCGGUACAACGCGACCACGGUCGUGGACGACAUAUCGACGACCGACGCACGAUUUACAUCCAAGUCGGUGGAACCUGCAACGACGACCGUGCAGAGUCAAUACGACGAUGGUGAGAAACCGGCGGUGUCGAACGCGAGAUCCGACCAAGAAGAAAUCACAUACGCGAGUACUACGGUAGGCAAUGAAGAUGUUGCCAAAACGACGACCGCCGCCGAAUAUUCUGGUGGUGUUACAGCAGAUAAUACGACACCGUCAUCUGACGAUGCCGACGACGCGAAAAUUGAAAAAUCCAACGACGAUAACCCCCCGGCAACGAUGACAAAACCUUGUGCUCAAACGCCGAAUAAUCAACAACAACAACAACAGCCGUUGUAUCCCAUCUGUUACUAUCCCGUGCAGUGCUAUCCGAAUACGAUGGACUGCCAGCAACAAAAACCAGACAGAAACAUCAUGAAAUUUUCCGCUCAAUCGCUUAACUCGCACAAAACAAAAUCGACUGGCGCCCAACCCACCGUCAUACAAAACAGUUAUCCGAUAAUGUCGAUUUGUGCACCGGGCAUGGACUGCCGCAUGCCGGCCUUCUCCGGACAAACAAAUACACUGCAUUGUAUGUUUACCACACAAACAACAAAAGUAAACAAAGCGCCAAUUGAUAAACAAAGCCACAGCUCCAGAAGUUCGGAUAAAAAAUCAGAAGAAAAAAAUGGGAAUUACAAGAAAAAUCAACCCACCAAAAGCAGCAGCAACGCUAAAAGCGCCUUCGAAGAUAAUAAAGAAAUUUUAACAGGUGCUCUAGAAUGUCCUGCCAACUCGUACUCCUGUUUGGAUAAUUCCAUGUGUGUGGACAGCCAGGACUGGUGUGAUGGUAGAAUACAUUGCAGCGAUGCUAGCGACGAAGCUCAAUGUAGCUGCAAGCAAAGAAUUGAAAAGGAUAAGAUAUGCGACGGAUACUAUGACUGUCCGAAGGGAGAAGACGAAUUGGGUUGUUUUGGUUGUGAUGAAAACUCGUUCAGUUGCGGUGACUGGGAUAAUUUUAGUCAGCGCUCGACUUGUUUCAGCAGAGAAAAACGUUGCGACGGAAUACAAAAUUGUUUGAACGGCCAUGAUGAAAACGAAUGCACAUUGUUGUCCAGGAGAAUUGAAAAUCCCAACGAUGAUUUUUUCGUAUCUUAUUCCAGCGGAUUGUUGCACCACAAUUGGAAGGGCAAAUGGUUUCCUGUCUGUAAUGGCAAUCAAAUAAGCGACCUAGCCGAACAGGCCUGUACCGUCGAAACCGGAGAGAAAUCAAAGCCUAACAAAAUAGAAUAUAUCACUGAAAUGACCGACUACAGUGGGCCCUACGUCAACAUAAACAAUAACAACGUGAUCAAAAUCGUAGAAUCAUGUCAAUACCAAGGAAUUUUAGUUGAAUGUAAACCCAUGGACUGUGGCGUACGGUCCAGUUUUAGACUUAACAAAAACACGAAUCUGGAUCGAAUGAAAAGAAAAGCGCACGUAAACAGCAAUAAUUCUUCGCGGGACGCAAGAAUCGAAUCGGAUACCCUUAGAGUAGUGGGAGGCAUUGCUAGCAAUCCAGGAGCUUGGCCGUGGCUUAUUGCUUUAUACCAGGAUGGUAUUUUCCAUUGUGGCGGAGUAAUAUUGAAUGACAAAUGGGUGAUGACCGCAGCACAUUGUGUUAAUCAAUACCAAAAGCAUUUCUAUGAAGUUCAGGCUGGUAUUUUGCGAAGGUUUUCGUUUUCGCCAAUGGAACAGUCGAGAACUGUCACUCACGUAAUAGUGCAUAGUUUAUACAGUAAGGCCACCAUGAAGAACGACUUAGCUAUUUUGAAAUUAGAAGACAGCCUCGAGUUCAACCGUUGGGUUCGACCGGUUUGUUUGCCAGAUACCAAAUUCAAUUGGUUCCCGUUACCUGGUACAUUUUGCACGGCAGUAGGCUGGGGAGCCACGGUUGAACACGGCCCCGACCCGGAUAACAUGCGUGAAGUGGAAGUGCCUAUACUUGCUGAAUGUAAGCAUAAGGAAGACCGGGAAGGAGAAGAGAUCUGCGCGGGCUUCUUAAGUGGAGGUCACGACACGUGCCAAGGCGAUAGUGGAGGCCCGCUGCUCUGUAAGGAACCUACUAACAUUAAUAAAUGGUAUGUCGCUGGAGUAGUAAGUCACGGCGAAGGCUGUGCAAGACCACAGGAACCAGGCGUAUACACCAGAGUGGCGUUAUUUAUGGAUUGGAUUGUCGAAGUUACAGACGAAUCAAACUUACCGUUGGAACGUCCAUUAAGCUAUUGUCCAGGGAUGCGGUGCAAAAAGGGCGAAAGGUGUAUACCAAAGAAAAGACAGUGUGACAAAUAUGUAGACUGCAUGGACGCAGAUGAUGAGCAGAACUGCGACUUUUCUGGAUCAGAAUAUGUACCCAGUAUGUAUUUAACUAGACACACGGAUCACAGCCACAUAAGAUACAAGAGCGUGGGACAUACUGAUGAUCGCAUUACCAACACUACUAAAGUUAUGGCGAUAACAAAACCAUCAACUCCGUCAACAACCACAACAAGAACAACACUAAAACCGACACCGAAAGUAGAAAAUUCACCAACGCCAUUAACGACUACAACUAGUACUACAAUUAAGUUUGAAUUAAUGCCAACCACAUCAUCAACACUGUUAAUCAAGAAAACUCCAAACAAUAGCGAUCAAACGACUAACACGACUGUUUUAGAAGAUAUGUUAUUCGAUAAUCAAUUCACCAAAGACAUUUUUAGCUGUACAAAAAUUGUUCAAAUAGUGCCUCUGAACCAUCGCUGCGAUGGGAAACUGGACUGCGAAGACGGUAGCGACGAGCAGUCCUGUGACUGCCGGAUGCGAUUGACGAAUAUGUUUAAUUCAUCGGCUAUUUGCGACGGAAUAGCAGAUUGUUACGAUGGCACAGACGAGGUUGGAUGUGGGGUCAAAUGCAAAAGCGACGAAGUAAGUUGCGGUCUAUCUAGACAGUGUAUUCGAAAGAUUAAGUGGUGUGAUGGAGUCGUAGACUGUACCGACAAGAGCGACGAAAAACACUGCACGAUACUCACAAACGGCACGGACCUGGUGGAAUUAGACGCCUCUGGUCGACCUGUGGUAAAUCCGUCGGGAAUGGUAACCUUCAAUCGUCGAGGCGUUUGGACGGUACAAUGCGUAGAAGACAAGGUGGCUUUGAAAAUGGCAUAUGAUGUUUGCUCGAGUCUAAACUUUAUAGGUUCCGAAUAUUUCGAGAAAAAAAUGUUGGUCAAAAACGUUUCACAGAAAAAAAAGAACUUGGACGAAAGAGAUUUCUGCCAAGGCCUUUAUGUAGAAUGUGGACCGAGAAAGUCAUUGGACUCUGGACUAGUGUCUUGGCAUGUCGAUAUUUUAGUGGACGGUAAACUGACACAGUCUGGAAUAUUGGUCAAUGAGUCUUGGGUUCUUGUUCAGAAAACUCAUAUAAAUUUGAAUAACAAUUAUGUGAUUGCAAUUUUGGCCGGCGGCAAGUAUCCCAGUACUUGGAUUAAGUCGCCAUACGAACAAGCCAUACGGGUUGACGCACAGUCGGAUGUUCCUUCCACCGACUUGUAUCUGCUUCAUUUGGAAAGACCUGCGAUUACUAGCCGAGCGGUCACUCCUUUGGGUAUCCCCGUGUGGCAGCCAACACUCAGGGCAAACAACACGUGCUAUGCGGUUGGAUACUCGCUUAAGAAUCAGACCGAGAGCGUUCUUCUGCGGCCAGACACAAACAAAUGCGACGAAGGCAAAGCAUGUUUUGCCGUUCUCCAAAAACCACAGAUGUGUCAGGUGGGGUCGAGUAUUUCCCACAUUACAGGAGUGGUGUGCGAUUCCAAGCUCGGAUUGUUUUUGGCAGCAACCGUUUCGGGACCGCUUAACUUAUGCGACCACAAAGCCCGCGUUAAACUUCCCAAAAUCGACGAUCAAAUAUCCGUUAUCGCCUCGAUCAUGGACGAUGACUUCACAAACACCAGUGUCCCGCGAUGCGAAGGCAAACGCUGUCAGCUGGGCAACUGCGUGUCUUGGGAAAAGGUAUGCGACGGUCAACCGGAUUGUCGAGAUGAACAAGACGAGACGGUCGAAUUGUGUCACGCUCGACAGAAUAAAUGCAAAAUAAACGAGACCCUGUGCAUAUGCGGCGUUGGUGGUUUUCGUUGUCGUAAUGGUAAGUGUGUGUCUAAAACGACGUUCUGCGAUGGCAUCGACCACUGUGGCGACGGCACCGACGAACCGGCGACCUGCAAGAAAAACACCUGUGUCGACUAUCUGAAGCUCAUCGCACCCGAAAGGCUCUGCGACGGACGUUGGGACUGUCUGGAUAAGAGCGACGAAAAUGUCUUCAGUUGCCCGCAAUCGUAUUGCAACCGAACAAACGUCUAUCGUUGUCAAUCGUCCAACAAGUGCAUUUCGUCGGAAUUGGUGUGUGACGGCGAAGGAGACUGUCCCGAAUUGGACGACGAAGCGCAAUGUCUCACCCUCCUUUCUCCAGCCGGAAAGGAAAACGAAGGAACGGUGGCCAUAAGAUCUUUCGGGGUUUGGCAUCCACAGUGCGUGACAGAAGACUACACCGGAGUGAGCUAUCAUUUGCUAUGCAAAUCCCUCGGAUUCAGCCAAGCGGCGGGUAUCAAAACGACCACUAGCAAAAAGGUCGAAUUCGAAAACUUCACAUUUAUCGAGCUGAACGACAACACAGACGUAGCAAUCAGAUCGCCGACCAAAAGCAUGGUACGAGAAACGGACAGCAUGUGUCCGACCACUUACGUGAAGUGCCUCAGCUAGAAUUAUGUAACAACAAUACUUGUCAUGUUGUUUUUGUAAAUAAUAUUAAUUAUACCAAAAGACGCUAAGACUGUGUUUGACGAGUGGAGAUGUUUUUGUUUUUAAAUAAAAAUCCUCAAAUUUGUUUAAAAGUCAUAAAUGGUACGUCGAUGGCAUAGAGCAUAGUAUUUUUAUGUACUUUUUUUUGCCCCUACAAACUGCUGUCACACACUUCUUCUAUUUUCGCCUAAUUUACUCAAAAAUUCCAAAAUUGGGUAGACUGCUAGCAGUAUAAUUUUUGUUCUUGACAAUGCUUAAUACGGACUUCAUCAAGACUAAUCGGGUUUUAAUUUUUCCAAAAUUAAUUGAAUAAAAUAAAUAAUAACUUUAAAAUAAAAAAAGUGAUUUAGUACUGACUUACCUACGAGACAUAUAUAGAUAUGGAAGAUGGUAUGUUAUAUUAAGAUAAUUUGAGAAAAAUAGUUGUUUUACAGGGAAAUCGUAGAAUAAAACUAAAAAAACUGUUUUUGCAAGUGCUAACAAGAUUCACAAAUUGUCAAAAAAUGUGAGUUGAGCUAAAAGGACAAAAAAGCAACUGAGCCCAUAAAAAACAAAUUGAAUGACAAAACUAUAUUAAUUGUUCUUGAACCUAUCUUUUAGGUUAAUACACGAUAAAUCAUUUUGGAAACAUGGACAAUUAAAUUGUAUGUUAAGAUAAUUUUGAAAAUUUGUUGUUUUUUUUAUUAAAUUUUACAGAGAAAUCAAUAUUAUAAAACUAAAAAACUGUU